UUUCCUGGAAUCUGCCGGGAAACCGGGCUUUGUCUUACUCUGAUUUCUACCUUGUGAAUAAACUAAUGCACUUAGAAUGCUUGCAUGACAGAGAAGCCUGAUGGAACUGGACGUACCGUCGGUGGAAAGCGACGCGAGCCUCAGCAAAACAGACACUGCAAGUGAUACUGAAGAGAUCAGUCAACCAGGUAUAUAUGUUCAAGGCUGGUUAAAAUUAUCAUGACAACUACUGUAUCACUGCACGCUUGUGUGAUGUCCUGUUUGUCAACCACUUCAAUAGACCAUUUUAGUAUGCUGCCCUUUGAUUGAACAUGAGGCUGAGCCGCUUGCGCUUGUUUUGAGACAAACCUCUUUGCUUUUCUUAUGUUAAUUAUGCUAAAAAAAAAACAAGUUGAUUUAUAAUUCGAUAAUAAAGCAGGGAGGGUUGUAUCAAAACAAGGUCAACUCCAGCCUCAUUUCUAUCCAUAACUGUCUGCAUGAUCAGGGAUGGGCAGCAUGGGUGGUGAUUUUGGAUUGUGAUGGAAUGCUCACCAGACUUACAUUUCUUUAGUUUGAACCCGGGGGUACUCCUAAUAUGGGCUAUAUAGGUAUGUGCGGCCCCAAAGGGUAGGGUUUUUCAGCCGUUUUGGUCAUAAAUUGGGUAUCGAUUUUGGCUAUUUUGCCGCCAUUUUGGUCAUAAAUAGGGUAACGAUUUUUGCACUGUAGUCUUGAAUGCACUUUUUUAGAAGAAGCUAUUUCCUUAUCAUGUCCCCCUAACCUAAUAAAAGCAGAUAAACAUUGCCUUUAACAUUGGUCUGAACUAGGGAAAUAAUUAUAAGGCAGGUCUGAAACAGGGUAUUGAUUUAAGGGUCAGGUCAUAACUAGGGUAUCAAAUUUUUGGUUAGGUCAUAAAUAGGGUAGGGAAAAUCGCAGAUUUUGGUCAUAAAUAGGGUAAGGGUUUUGGGAAGCGGGCACACACCCUACCCAAUUUUUCUGCAGUACCCCGGGAGUUUGAAUAAGGGUGGAAGGAAUGUUAUUUAUGGAAGAAGGUCAUAUGAUAAGCACUAAAAACACCUAAUUUGUAGUUUCGCCUAAUUUUCUCAUAAAAAUGGUUUUUGUAGGCAGGCAUGGAAAUGCUACUCAAGAAGUCAUCCACAUACCGUCAGCUUCAGAUAACAACUCCAGACCCAUAGGAAUAACAGUGCAGCGUAGGUAUUCUUCUUCUGAGGAAUCAGACAAUGAAAUUACAGUUGAAGAUGACAGCAGAGCUGCAGGAUACAUCAACGGUAAGUUUGCUAUAAAAAGGGAUGAUACCCCUUAUAUAAGCCCUCAACAAUGGCACUUAUGCGUGAUUACAUCAGAUGAGCACAUUCAUGAUAAACCCUCAUUUUUUUUCCUUUGUUUCAAACUCAUCCAUACCCUAAAACAAAGGAAAAGAAAAUUUAAACAAGGAUAAAAUUAAACCACAACAUAUGCAUGUGCUUUAUUUACUCGCAGGUUUUUUGUUUCAAGCUGAAUAAACCUAUCUGUGACCAGUACAAUCACAUGACUGCAGUUUUGGGGGGUGCUCAUCAAUGAUUAUUGUUUGUUGUUUUUGUGGGGGUAAAAAAAGCGGUGGUUCACAGAAAAAGGUUCUCAGGUUACUGUUUCCAAGAACCAGUGAUAAACUCAACUUAAUUACCGUACUUACCCGCAGAUAGGCCGCACUUUUUUCCCGAAAAAAUGGGACCGAAAUUAGGGUUGCAGCCUAUACGUGGGUAUAAGCGUUUUGACACCUCAUUAAUAUGCAAGAGAUCUUACACUCGUACACUAACUUACAACACAUACAACUAAACACUAAGUCCAUAUCUUCGAAGAAUCUUGAUUUUGUCUUUAAGUAUUCUGUGUAUAAAAUGUUAGUGAAGAGGCGUUUCAGUUUAUAGUUUGAAUAUUUUCAUGUUCAUGUAGAAAUUAUUGUCAAAAAUGAAUUGGUUGUUGAUUUCAAACUUCGGUUUAUUUAUCCCGGUACUCGACCUCACUAUUUUUUUUUUCCCAUGAAAACCAUUGAAAGUUUGGGGUGCGGCCUAUACACGGGUGCGGCCUAUCCGUGGGUAAAUACGGUAUGUAUUAUAUUUGCACCUAUAUUUUUUGUAGAAUCCAGAGGUGAGUGCUAGCAUAGCUGUUUGCCCAUCUUACUGUACCCUCCAUUCUGUUCUAUUCUUAGUAUUUUUCAAUGAUGUUACUUUGUUUUGAUCAGGUUUGGCCCCACCUGAAGUGCUACUGAAGAACUACAGAAGGCAAGCACGUGAAUUUGCAAACAUGGGAGAUGAGAGAGCUGUGUAUGAUCGCGUGUGCUGUGUGGCCUUAACUAGAAUUAUUUAUGGAGACAAUCAUUGGAAGCUGGCAAAAGCUUAUUCCAAGUUGUCACAGGCAUAUCUUGAAAUAAGAGGUAGGUAUAUUUUAGUACAAUACAAUUGUAUAAAGUAGUUUGUAAUUAAACUUCAGUCAACUCCCCAUAACUUGAACCAUCUAGGGCAAAGGAAAAAAGUUCAAGUUAUUGGGAGUUUGAAGCAAAUAACAGGAAAUAAGGAAAUAAGCAAAUGGAUGGGGAGGGAAUGCAAGUAUCGUGCACACUUCACUUCAAGGGCAAUGAGCUGGGAUAAAGAUUGACAUUUUGACAAAGGAAUUAAGCAACAAUUAAUUAAUUAUUUAAUUAAUAUACAGCCUUGAAUGGACACUGAAAUUGAACUGGAGUGACAAAUAAUAAUUAUUGACACGGUUGUUUUUGAAAUAUAUCCAAUGUUUUGACUUCAGUACACUGUUUUUUUUUUACAACUUGUCCCAUGCUGAAAACAUAGUUUGAGUUAUCAAGGGUAAAAUUACAGUGCAGGAAAUCCAGGGGAAACUGACUAUUCAUGUAGUUCGAGUAAGUGAGGGUUCGAGUUAUCGGGAGUCAACUGUAAUACGUUAUGGGACAAGCCAUCAAAAUAGACAGAGAAAAACUUUUUAAUCCUACCGCUGAUUAAACGUGCAACACCCUACCGUCAAAUUUGGUGGAGACAGCGUGACCAAGUGGUCAGUACGUCAGAUUCAAAGUUCAGUUCUCCUGGUUUCGCGACCCUCUCUAGCCACUUGCUGGAUUUGUUCUCUGUUGUCCAAGUUAAAGCCCUUGACAACCCUUUUAAAUAGCCAACUGGUUGCCUCCUGCCAGUUGGGGUUUUUAAUUCUGUUAUAUUAUAUUUGAAUUAUUUGUUUCUAAUUAUUUGAGUGGAGUGCUCAUAAACUAGCUGAUAUUAGGUCUAAGUGCACUUUUUACCAGAAAAAAUCCUUUGACUUUUGACCUUUAAAUUUGCAAAAUUUGCACCAGAAGGAGACGCGACCACCUGUCAAUAAUAGAAUUAGGAGAAUGAAAUAGAAUUAUUCUAAUCAAAAUUUUUAAACUACCACCCUGAAGCUGAUCUUAGUUGUUUUAAUAGGUUCCAGCAUUUUUUCCAAGGGGGAAGCUCAUGUCAAGAGGUUGUUGUGUGUAAGUGGUGGACACACAUGAAAGUUUUUGGCAUAUCCUUGACAUUCACAUAGUCAAAUUUCCUUAAUUCAGACACUAAAGGGACACAUCCAAAUGUCCAUUUUACAGAUCAGAGGUGUCAAUUUGUUCUAGGAACAGCUUUGAUUCUCAUUUUUGGAAGCAGGAUAACUGCCCUUAAUUAAGGGGUGUCUGGAUUAUGGAGGAAUCUUUAGCAGGAGUUCUUCAUAGAAGUACUUUAUAUUGAAGACUCAGCUUAUCACAAUUUUAGCUCUUGUUUUUUUUUUUUCAUAGGAUUGGCUCCACAAGCCCUGCUGCAUGCUGGAAAUGCCCGUGAUGUGUUACUAGCAGCAGAUGCAGCUAAACAACAAGGCAGACAAGUUUACGACAGAUCAGAUGUUUUACCUGUCAUGGAGUUAAUAUACCUCACAAUGGGACAGGCUCAGCUUGCCUUGAAGAAGUAAGUUGUGAAAACCCUCUGAUAUUUAACUCCAGACCUAAACAAUAAACCAUGGAGUUCUCGCCACCCAAACUCACAUGACAAGGACGUGUUUUUCUAAGAUCACAUUUUGCCUCACACAACAUGUGUAGUGACAUGGAAAAUUCUUCCUUGGGGGGAAGAUUUGCUCAGAGGUACAUAUUUUAGUUACACAUACUGGAUGGGUGAGGUUGCAUUCUAGGGUCAAGGUUUUAUAGUGGUUGAAGAAAUAUUUUGUGUUGAGAAAUAUUUGAAUCUCUCUUCCAAAAAACACUGCUGCCAUCAGCCAUGCGCCACCACUGUUGCUGCUUUUAUGUACCACUACAUUCAGGUGCCUCUACUGUAGAGAACCUCCAGGAAAAGUCCAGUAGCGGGCAAUGGAAUUAUCAAUAUUGUGGAGUUCUGAAAUGAUUAUAGGCUUUUUAUCUUAAGCAGUUCAUAAAACAUUUUUUGUUCAAACUAAAGAUGUUAAAAACGUUGGUAGAAGCAAUGUAAUUUCCUUUUGUUUUAUACAGCACUCAAAAGGCAGAGCACACCUUAAAAAAAGCAGAAGUAGUAUCAAGAGAAAGGGAAGAACUUGGAUUUGAAUACCGUGAUCCGCAGAGGAGACUCCAAAUACUUAUGUCCCUUGGGCGGGUCAGUCUGAAGGCUCACAAGACGGGAUAUGCUUUGGAGUCUUUUGAAAAGGUACAGUAUCGUAUGAUUGUUAUCUGACCGUGUACUCUAGAUUUUGUAAUCUCUGUUUUUACGACUUUACCCCUCUUUACUAUGAUCCGCAUCAAGCAGUUCCCAGGGAAAGUAUCUCGAAAAUUCCCGCCGUCAAAUUUGACUCCACUAUUGACUGGGAGACAGAAAGUUGCCCUAUAAAUGAAAAAAUAUCGCUGCAAAUCAAGUUAAUAAGUUAACGCAUAAUUUGACUUAUAACAAGACUGAAAAAAAUAGCUAAUCCGUUGCUCUAGGAUAGAAGAGCAAACGUAUUACGUGAUCGCGUUGAUUUCACGCACGAAGGAGAAGGCACACGGAGGAAACUGAGGAAAAAAACAACUCAUAUCACUGUAAUAAAAAGUCAAAAACUUUGAUCUCACACCACGAACCAAUUUCUUCCACCGUGGGCAAAAAUUUAGGUUAUUACAGCCAGAACUUACACAUUCGUGAGAAAUAUAUAACGUAAAGGGACUAGACUAGAAACAAUUGGAGAAAAGAAAAGUCCUUUGAGUGAUAGUACUUUCCCCGUAUGGUGCUUAAUCAUAUAUCAUUUUCUAGAGUACUUCGGAAAUCUUUGGGACUUCUUCGGAACUGAUCGCGGUACUCUUCAGGAUGAAAAAACUGAUGCCUCAAAAAGUUGACAGGUUUUUUUCCCUAAGAAAUUCCAAAUAAUCAUAGGUCCUUUGUUUUAAUCAUCAUCAUUAUCAGUAUCAUUAGCGUUAUCAUUAUCAUUUUCAACAUCAUUAUUAUUAUUUCCGUUUGGCUUUGUGUUUACUAAGGCACUAAAAAUUGCCCAGAAACAAUACGGUGAAGGUUAUCAUAAUCAAUAUCAAUAUCAUCAUCAUCAUUAUCAUCAUCACUAUAAUCAUCAUCAUUAUAAUUACUGAUUGGUUCUGCCAACUUUUUGUUUAUUUCCUAAGGCACUCGACGUUGCCCAGACACAGUACGGUGAAGGCAGUAAAGAGCUUAUUCCCAUUUACCAGUGUUUAGCCCGAGCAGAAAGUAGCCAUGGUGAUUCAUCCAGCCAUGAAAGGGCCACAAAACAUCUGUUAAAAGCUCAUGAUAUAUGUAUAUCAAGGUAGUGGGUUUCAAAUCGUAUGCAGUUGUUGUGAAAAUUCCAUUAUCCUGCGACUUUGUGAUUUGCGGUGCAAUUCUAUUUUUUAUUUCACUGUUUAAGUUUACUGUAGUACAAAUGGGCAGUUUUUUCUCUUAAAUUAAUAAGAGUUACCUCUGUAAUUAUACAAAGACAGUUUUAUGUGCGACUGGCUCUAUUGAACAGACAAAAAAGAGAGUUACCUAUUGCAAGCAAAAAAGAGAGAGGUCUACCUUUAUUUGUUACUUACUUUUACUAGCACCAGGAGCCCAUGAUAGUCUCCUGCUAGUACUUAAUUUCGCGAAAAUGAAGUCCUAUACAAUUGGCAAAUUUCGUUAGACUUAAGUUUCGCGAUUUUAGCAAGAAAUCGUGUUGAAAGGAAGUAACUAAAGUUUGCUGAAGUCGUGAGAAUGAGGACACAUCUCUCUUCACUAUAGGCCUGGCUAUAGCAUUGACUUCAGCAUGUUCGAUUGUGAUAAAACACCAGCUUAUGAAUGUAAGUUUGUUAGAGUAGAUCAUGGAAUGAGAGAACUCUCUUUUCAGUGGCCAACUUCGUCAGAAACCUUUUUCGCAACAAUUCAGCCCUCAGGAGAAAAUUGUAGGUUUUCUACAUAUAAUCAUGAUUCCAGGCAUGUGACCCGCUGAAUAGCUAGCAUUUUCCGUUUACAUGUUUCCAGUUCCAGUUCCAGUUCCAGUUUACUCCUCCAUUCGGUAACAUGGCUGUCAACCCUCCACGUCUUCAAAUGUUCAAAAUUAAUUCGGAAGGAAUGAUAGAUGACUUGAUAACGCACGGCACAUGACGUCAUUUGUGCAAAAAAAAAAAAGACAUUGACUCCGAUGGUCGCGAAUUUGCGAUGACACAAAGCGCGCGAAAAAAAAUGUCGUUGGCAUUGAAACAUUUGACCUGAUUGGUUAACUACCUACCAAUCACAUAACUGCUAAUAUUACAAUGGCAUACCGGAGUUUAUAAGGAAAUGUCGAUGUUAACAGUAAAUUAGCUCAAACAAUGCAAAAUAUUUGAAAUUUUCUUGUCGGAAAGUGAGUCAAGAAAUGGCAAACUUCGGCGAUUAUCCAAGAGAUUUCAGACUCUAAUCUGGAGACCGGAAGAUAAUCUGUCACCACCGAGUUGGAUUGUGGGUACGUACAAUGGCAAACGUUACUGUUUUGUUUACAUUUUUAUCCUAUUUCUUGGAAGGUUUGGAGAGGAUUCAUUAGAAGUUGCAGAUUCAUCAUUUGUUUUGGCCUCUAGUUAUUUGAGCAGCGAUGAUGAUGAUAAUGAAAAAGCGAAAAAAUACCUGGAGGAUGCCAUCAGCUUGUAUAUGAAGUACAAAGGUCCCUAUGACAACUCCACUAUAAAGGUCCAGGUUAGUGUACAAGUCCUUGCUCAUUUUUCUGUUGGCACGGAAAUUCUUGCUGUCAUCUUUUUAAAAAUGCGUUCUGUUUAGCCUGCGUCGAAGGCGUUUAAAAGGGGAAGGAAGAUUUCGAGUGCGCAAGGAUGGCGAAAACACGAACGCCUCCAGCGACGCUAUUCAGUUUCUCCAAACAGUCCCCUAAUUGAUAUGCAAAGCCGAUAAGAUGAUACUCUCGCGCACCUGCGAGAAUCCCCUCUUCCCCUUUCCCUUAUAUCGCCUGCCACGCUCGCUAGGUUGGAUGUGAAAGGUUCGCAUAAUGAGCAUUGUUGUUGUUAAUUGUGUAACUACGCAAAAGCAAAAUUCCAGCCAACGCCAGUUACGCGCAAAACUAUCACUCGAUAACGUUCAAUUUUUCAACUUUUGUUUUUGCAAUUUUCACAAACGUCGCGAUUUUAUAGCCUAUUGGUUAUUUAAAAGCAUGUGCUUGAUUCCUCUGUGUAGUUAGAUGCGAUGCUUAGCGAGACAGUCUUUGUAAAGUCGUGUCAUAGCGGUUUUGGUAGGGCACGCAAACAAGUUAAGGCAGGCGAGGGUAGUGAAACCGUGAGGAGAUUGGGCUAGGAGCAACGAAAGCUACAGAGAAACUUAUAAGACUAAACCCACUGUUACAAAACUGUAGGAUGAACUGAGCCGUUUGCUGAUUCGUGACGCUAGCCUUGAGGAUGCCGUAUCACUGCAGAAGUCAGUAGCAGAAGCAAAAGUUGUGGUGUAUGGAGAUCCAAGCGAAGAGGCAGCUGCUUCUUAUCAGAUGCUAGGAAGUAUUCGACUCAAACAGGGACGCACAGAACAGGCCUUAAAAUGGCUCACAAAGGUAGUCUUCUAAACCGAUGAUAAAGUCACUGAUUUUUUUCAGGCUUUCUAUUCGCAACUGUAAAAGUUUCGUCUAUAACUGCGAUGAUUUUCUUUCAUUUAAUUCUUCACCCCACAGUUCCUAUAUAAGAUUUUUCAUAAAUUCCUUAUUUCAUCUUAAUCGUUUGACCUGCUCCCAGUUAGCUUGUUAGUUCAGUUGGUUAGAGCGCUGCACCGGCAUCACAAAGGUCAAGGGUUCGAAUACCGUCAUGCCUGAAUUUUUCACCCUUUCAUUUCGCAAAUGCAAAAGUUGCGUCUAUAACUUCGAUUAUCUUCUUUCAUUUAAUAAACUCGCACUAUUACUGUUAAGAUAGAAUGUGACAGUGAAGGGAUUGACAGACUGUUUACAAUCCCCAUUUUUCCUUAAGAUCGUCGAGAUCCAGCGCUUACUGUAACAGGCGGCCAUCUUGGUUUCGUAUCAAAGUGUAACCCAGGGAAGAGUGUCAAAUUUACUUAGGGGACUGGGCACUACCUUGUACGCCCUCUCGGUACAAUUGAAACCACGAUAGUCGCCUGCUCAAUGGUCCAUCUUACGGCAAGGUUGUGUUACGGGAAGAUAGGGGGCUGUGAACAUUAAAAAAGAUUGACAAAAAGAGAGAGCUAUUUUAGUCGAGAGUUUCGCAUUAGGCCCUUUGAGGUACAUAACCGCCAAGCUGGAGAGCAAGAAAAGCACUGGAACAAGACAAACAUCAUAUGUCAUUCAUGAUUACAUCAUUUAAUGCAGUAAUUGCCUUUGUUUAUCUUUUCUUAGUGUUCUCUUGCUCUCCAUCUCUGCGGUUUUGUACCACGUGAAAAAUUUGCUGAAAGGGCCUAUUUUGGGUCAAUUCUUUAAAACAAUCAGACCAGGGCAGGAAAUACAAUCAAUUUAAGAAGAAUCAUGACUAGCUCACUGCCUAUGUUUGCUUUGAACAUCUGGUUGGUUUAGAUUUUAUGGCCCCAGUUCUGAUUUUACGACCUCUGCAUAAAACCGGUCACUGUAACAUUUUCUUGCUAGCAGACUGGAGGCCUCUUUUCCCUGGCUUUUGACAGGAGGGAGGUGUCUUUUCUUUAGUGAAAAGAGGCCUCUGAUAGCGGCAGGGAACCGUAAUAGUAUUGAUUUAACUUGCAAAAGUGCAUCUGAGUCAUUAAAUGAUCUCUUCCCCAGGCUUAUAAGAUGUUAAGUGUGACGCUCGGAACAAGUCACAAAAAGACGAAGCAGAUUGCAGAUGCAAUCAGUCGUGUCAAGAUGUAAGUUCAUUUGUUAAGUUUGUAAUCUUGACAAUUACAUAUCAACGUUAUUUGGACUCCUAUUAACUUUGCUCAGCUGGGAGAGCGCGGUAAGGAUGUCUAUCCAAGUCCCGCUGGACCAACAACAAGAGUCUUAAUAAACUAGUAGUGAGAUCACUCUGGCUGUGUCUUAACAUCUUGUCUCAGUUUAGAUGAUUGCGUCAUUAAUCGGUGACGUUAAGUUGUUGACCUUGUCUCCUUCAUCCUUCCUGAUCAAUUGGGUGGGUAUUGGGGGGGGGGGGACGUAAAAGAACCCACUCUGCUGUACAAAAAGAGUAGGAGACGUACACCCCCGUAGUGGGGUCUACCUACCUAUCUUAGGCAGGAGAGUGUUACGGGCCCGCAGUAAUUGACGUCAUGCGCUGCAUCGGUGACCCUGCCAAAAUUGGUGAACUUAAGUAAAUAAAAUUUACUUACAGUAUGUCUCAAAGCCACGUAACCGAUGAACUACCGAACAAGGAGCAGAUACAAAGCCAUUCAAAAAAGAUUCAAGAUUCGCUCCCUUGAAGAGCUAGCACUCUAAACAACAACUCAAGUUUCUAUACGAUGAAACGAUGGUCAAUUUAUUUAUUUAGACGAUAAAACUAGUGUUGUUGAAUUGUUGUUUGAUUUAACAAUUGUUCUUUUUUUUACUUUGAAUAAGGUCACCCGAUGCUCAAAGAUUCUUAAGCUCUGAAGAAAAACUGAAAAAAAGACCGAGGUUUACUCAAGUGGUGGGAAGGUCCAAACCGCUGGGGUAUUCCACAACCUCCGCGGGAGAUUAGGAAUACCCUUGGGAUAUCCCCAACGUAACCCACGUCAAGCAUUAGUUAGACUGCAAAACAGUCCGCAUUUUUGCGUAUUCAAGUAUGCGCGAGCAGUCAAACAAAAGGUCUGGAACGAGGCUGAAAACAGAGAGCCAGACUGGGGAGAGAUGUACCAACCACAGCCUCCUCCUCAGGCGCUUCGUUUUUUUGCAUGGCAGAGGCGAGCGCGAAAUGCGAGUGACUGGUGAUGAACCGCAAGGGACCAUGUCUCCUUCCCGCCUUCCUUUGCGCGCACAUCGAGAGAGACGUCUGGGUACGAGGCAGGUACCAACCAGCUUUCAUU